AGAGAGACAGAGUGUGCGCAGGGGAGGGGCAGAGAGAGAGGGAGACACAGAAUCCGAAGCAGGCUCCAGGCUCUGAGCCGUCAGCACAGAGCCCGAAGCGGGGCUCGAAGUCACGAACCUGUGAGACCAUGACCUGAGCUGAAGUCAGAUGCUGAACUGACUGAACCACGCAGGUUCCCCUCACUUUUUAAGCUCUCCCGUCCACUUCAAAUACCCCAAUUAUAUGUGCUUUAAAAUUUAAUUAAUAGACUCAGAAAUGUAAUAAAUAUCCCUACUGAACAAAAACAAAACAAAACUUAUAGUGGGGAGCAGGGGCUGAAGCUGCUGCUUUGCUGGACUCUGGGUCCCAAACAGGCUGCGGCAUCUAGAAAUGAGACUCCCGGGGAGUGACAGGGGCCCGAAGUGCCCAGGCACAGAGGGCAACCGGAGCCGGUGUCGUUGCAGAAGUCGAGGGACCGGCUGGGUGUCCCUGCUGGUGGCACACCCCAGCCCCACUGCACCCUGUCUGGGAAUGCCGAGCCACCCCCGUAAGAGCUGGUCCUGGACCAGGCAUCCCGAGCACCAUGUGGGGGCCACCACAGCAUCCCUAGGCAGAAAUACUACAGAGAAGGAGGACGAAACAGCUGCCACUCAAGGCGAGCCUGCAGGUGAAAAGUCCUCAAGUGGCUAAGACUCAUAAUAAGAAAGAUAGCCCACAGAAUCUAUUGGGAAGUGAGUUUAUAUCCUCAGAAAUGGAAAUAGUAGAACAUGUUUAAAAUGGAUACAAACGAUGUCUGUUUAAAUUCUUCAAGAACUCAAUGAUCUCAUGUGGGAGGCACCUAGGAGUCAAGAACAGAUGGAGAGGAAGGAAGCACAACCUAUUGGAGGUCCUGAAAAUGAAAACUCGUCCUUGGAAAAACUCAGUGGUUCACGGAAGUGCAUAAAGGGCCACAAAGAGAGAACCAGUCACCUGGAAAGCAUGGCAGGGCUUUGCCCAAGGAGCUGAGCCAAGAGAAAAGAAGUAAAGAAGAAAAAAGAAAAGCUGAGAGAGCUUUUGGAUGUACGACAGAGUGAAAGACUCCAACGCUAGUCCUUCUAGAAAAGGAAUAACGGGAACGGCGGAGAUGCGGAAUCAGGGGGAGAGAAGAAGGGCUGAGUCUCCAGCUAAGGACGCCGAAGACUGAGCAGGUGAAGCCUUCCUUGUCUGGGAGAAGCCACUCUGCAGCUCCAUACGGUGCAGAGUCACCGCACCGUGACUUCCGUCGUGGGACUUCCACGGGUACCUGCCUGUGGGAGAAACAGCCUCACCGUCUCUGUCCGCGGCGUCUGCCCUCGUGCUGUAAAUGGCUGGCGUGUCUGCAGGUGUCGGCGGGCUUCUGGAAGCCGCGCAGAGCGGGCCUUCCUUCUGGCUGGUGCUUGGAGAGGCCCAGAUACCUGGCCGGCCUGGAGGGAAUAAGAAGGGUGACAAGAGUCCUGUCUGAAGUGACAUCACAGGCGGGCGAUGCCUGCUUUCUCCUUCCCUGCGGCCCACGUGGGGCGAAGACGGGAGGGAAGGAGAAAACACGCGCCCUUGAUGUCGGGAGCUCGGUUAUCGGACAGGCUGUCUGCCAUCCAGGAGGGAGCACUGUGCACAGAGCCUUGGGGCCGAAGAGGGCUGGAUGCUGUGUACAGGAGCUCAGGCCUCCUGAGAGCACGGGGUCAGGGGCCCGCUUCCUGUUUGUCUCUGAGCCCUUGCUGUCUGCGAUUACGCAGCUCCCCCUCGGGCGGUCUCUGGCCGAGGAACCCCAGUUCUUGGGACUUGCUGGGGAGUUCUGCUCCUUGAAACCAAUUCCUUCCUCUUGGAGGGCCUCCAGGCUGCCCUCUGAAGGCCACGCCCCCUUCCAGCUCAUUCUUCAAGGGACAAUUGCUGUCAGAGUUAGUUAAUCUCUGCCGGGAUCACUUGGCUCAGUUCAAUGCCGGCAGCGGCAGAAAAACCUGGGUUUUUGGUGUUUUUUUUUUUGGUGUGGGGGUUUAUUUUUAAUCCUGUCAUGGUAAGACAAACUAGGUGAAUAAAGCCUUCUUUUCUGUGUUGUAACAAAUCCAUCCAAGCAGACCCGGGGCAGAGGCAGGCCCUGUAGAGCAAUCGCGCGGGACGCCAGGAGACGUGGUGACCUCUCUCCUGGCUUACCUGCUGCUGCUCGAGGGAGGCAUGUUCUCUCCGUCCCCACCACCCUCCGGGCUGUUGGAGAGGGUCUUCCAGUUCAUCGAUCUCCACCAGAAUGAGUUUGUACAGAUACUUAAGGAGUGGGUGGCCGUAGAGAGUGACUCCGUUCAGCCCGUGCCCCACCUCAGGCAAGAGCUCUUCCGAAUGAUGGCCCUGGCUGCAGACAAGCUUCGGUGCCUGGGUGCCAGCGUGGACUCCGUGGACACGGGCUUUCAGCAGCUGCCUGACGGUCAGACUCUCCCGAUACCCCCCAUCAUCCUGGCCGAACUGGGAAAUGAUCCAAAAAAGCCCACCGUGUGCUUCUAUGGCCACUUGGACGUGCAGCCUGCUAGACAGGAAGAUGGCUGGCUCACAGACCCUUACACGCUGACGGAAGUGGAUGGAAAACUUUAUGGUCGUGGAGCAACAGACAACAAGGGCCCCGUUUUAGCGUGGAUUAAUGCUGUGAGCGCCUUCAGAGCCCUGGAAGAAGAUCUCCCCGUGAAUAUCAAAUUCAUCAUCGAAGGCAUGGAAGAAGCCGGUUCUGUUGCCCUGGAGGAACUGGUCAGAAAAGAAAAGGACCGGUUCUUUUCCAGUGUAGACUACAUUGUAAUUUCAGAUAACCUGUGGAUCAACCAGGGGAAGCCGGCCCUCACCUACGGCACGAGAGGGAACAGCUACUUCAGGGUGGAGGUGAAAUGCCGAGAUCAAGAUUUUCAUUCAGGAACCUUCGGUGGCAUCCUCCAUGAGCCAAUGGCUGAUUUGGUUGCACUUCUUGGCAGCCUGGUGGACUCAUCUGGUCAUAUUCUGAUCCCUGGAAUCUAUGACCAAGUGGCUCCUCUUACGGAAGAAGAGAGAAAAAUGUACAAAGCCAUUGAUCUGGACCUGGAGGAAUACCGGCAUAGCAGCCACGUUAAGAAAUUUCUGUUUGACACCAAGGAGGAAAUUCUAAUGCACCUAUGGAGGUACCCAUCGCUGUCAAUCCACGGGAUUGAGGGUGCAUUUGAUGAGCCUGGAGCUAAAACCGUCAUCCCUGGCCGAGUUAUCGGAAAAUUUUCAAUCCGUCUGGUCCCUCACAUGAAUACGUCUGUGGUGGAAAAACAGGUGAAGCAGCAUCUUGAACAUAUAUUCUCCAAAAGAAAUAGUUCCAACCAGAUGACUGUUUCUAUGACACUGGGACUACAGCCGUGGAUGGCAAAUAUUAAAGAUAAUCAGUAUCUUGCGGCCAAAAGAGCCAUCAAAACAGUAUUUGGAACAGAGCCAGACAUGACCCGGGAUGGCUCAACCAUACCGAUUGCCAGAAUAUUCCAGGAUAUCAUCCAAAAGAGUGUGAUGAUGCUCCCGCUGGGUGCUGUUGAUGAUGGGGAACACUCUCAGAAUGAGAAAAUCAACAGGUGGAACUACAUAGAAGGAUCCAAGUUAUUUGCUGCCUUUUUCCUAGAGAUGGCUAAGCUUCGUUUGUAAUGACAGGAACCUUCCAGCUUAGAGCUGACCUACUGACAGACACCCUCUCCUGCAGCCCUGCAUGGGAGUAGAAUCUAAAUAUCCAGAUAAUUUCCAUCCAGGAAACAAUGUCUUCCCUCCCAUUUAAAAUAUCUCCCGACAUUUGGGCCAGUAAUAAAACCUUUUAAAGGCACAGAUAUUGGAAAUGGUGUACCGUCCCAGUGGCACACCUUUCUGAAGUCACAGCUACCUGCAACAUCUCCCUAAGUCCAGCUGUAGGAGCCCCGGGAAGAGACUCACUCUUUCCUUGGAGCACAAGGACUGUUCUUCCACUAGACUCUCCCUGGCACUUUGAUGGGCCUGAUCACUCCAGUGUGCUUUUAGGUUCUGGCGGUGCUCAGGACAUACUCAUUCCAUGUUUCUAUCACCCUUUCCUUUACCACACAUUCCUUUUGUUAGUAAAACUGUUGGUCCCACCACUGGCUACCAUGAUUUCCCUGUGGGUUCAUUUCUAGAGGAGUAACUAAAGUGUGAUGCCCUCUUAACCUUUUGCUUCUCCUUCGUUUAUUUUGCCUUGCUUCUUGGAAAGUUCUGAAACAGGAAUGGUCAGUAGUUGUAUCCUUAUGCCAUUUGGGAUUCCCUUUGUGAAGAUGAGUACUUUUUCUAUUUCAAGGCUCUUUAUUUACCUUUUCUAGGAUUCAUGCCAACCAACCACCUCUCCUGCACCCUCUUCUUUCUUCCUACCCCAUCCCCCCAGACAUCCGUGCACACGUAAAGUCACCACAGGAGAAUCAAUCCCGAUAGAAUUUCCCUCCCCCCGCUGGAAUUUUACUCAGUGACUACAUCUAAAUUGCUCAAAGCUUUUAAUAGCAUCGGUUUUAGAUAGAGAAUGAAUCUAAUCAGCCCUGACAUCAG